UUCAGACUUCCCCCCUAAGUGUGUUUUCAUAAACAAACCACAUAUUUCAUCCGUCCGCGCAGCAAUUAGUCACGAACCUGACAAACUGCCAGCUUUUUCGAAUUUCGCUGUCUUUUCAACGGAGAAAUAUUUUGGGGAGAAACCGUCCUACAAAGGAACGCGGCAACGCGUGUCAAAAGCAGAAGCUGUCUUUAUUGUAUUUUUUGUGCAAGACGUAAACGCGUGAUCGACUGUUGCAUACUGUGAGCCUCGGCGCUUCGGAUCGUAUUAGUGUAUCUUUUUUUCAUCUGUCAGUAGCAGCAAUUCACCGUGUGUAGACAGGGAAGCGUCCUGACAUCAGGAGACAUGGUGAAGCUGACAAAAGCUAAGACAUUCCAGGCUUACCUGGACUCCUGCCACCGCCGCUACAGCUGUGUGCACUGCCGCGCCCAUCUGGCUAACCAUGAUGAUCUAAUCUCCAAGUCUUUCCAAGGUAGUCAAGGCAGAGCUUACCUCUUCAACUCUGUGGUAAACAUUGGCUGUGGUCCCGCGGAGGAAAGGCUGCUGCUCACGGGACUUCAUGCAGUGGCUGACAUCUAUUGUGAAAACUGUCACACCACUCUGGGCUGGAAAUAUGAACAAGCCUUUGAACUGAGUCAGAAGUACAAGGAAGGGAAGUUCAUCAUUGAGCUGUCCCACAUGAUAAAAGACAACGGCUGGGACUGAGCGGGAAAUCUUCAUUGUUCUCCAUGACUUUUUCCAAGUUGCAUCCCCUCGUCUUAGCAGGGUUCUUGUGUAGCUUCCUCAUCCCGCGUUUCAGCCAUCGCUGUGCCACACUUUCACUCUACGGCUUUGCCAUGAAUAGCAUGUGAUGCCUUAUCUUCCUCCUUUCUUCCUGUUUUCCAGCAGUCACAAAAAGGUUUCUGAUAAUGCAAUCCCAACUGCUAGCUGUGCUUGGGCCAGGUGUGAAUGACUGUAGGGUGUGUGUGUGUGGAAUAACUCACAGGCAUGUGUGUGGAGAUGGGACUUUUAGACGUGUUGGUUUGAUGAACCUCUUAUCAGUGAUCAAUUAGCAAGACUGGUUAGGUAAGUGCAAGUCAAAACAAUAAUGAAAUUCUUGCAUUGCCAAUGUUGCCCCCUGCAUAUACACACAAAAAGGUUUACAAUGACAAUUUACAUAUAUCUGGACGAGAUUCAGAUUGUGCUUUUUUGUCUCAAUUUUUAAAAAGUUUUUAUCGAAAGAUGAGUGACUUCAGUAUCUGAAAAGUAUACAACUUGGUGAAUUAUAAUCAUGCCCAGACACAUUUCCUGCAGGUGAUUUUAAAGCUGAACUACUGCUUGGAAGUAUGCGAGUGUGCGUGAGGACUUGCUCAUUCAGCUCUGUGGGGAACUUAGGAGGCCAAAGAGCACAUAUUUAGUUAGUCUGGGUGAGACAAUAAUAGAACUGGCUCUCUGGUAGGUGUCAGAUAUUGGAAUUCAAUCAUUAGAUUUUCAGUAAAGGUGUCCUCCCAGGAACUGAAUUUCAAGUUUUUGAUUGCAGUGUAUGCCUGGAGUUUUACCUGCAUAAUUAGGACAUCUAUUACUUUACAACAUUUUAGAGCUUUUUAUGUUUGUGUGUACUGUAACAAUGAGGCCCCCUUUUUUAAAUAGCUCAAUUUACCCUAUCUUGUUGGAGCAAUGUGUGAUUAGAAUCAUGUAGCAUAUUUAUGGUGAUUUCAUUUUUUUAUUGUUUGCUUCUGAUCAUUAAAGUAUUUUAUUCGGAUCUUUCAUUAAAAUACAGUGCUUCUGUAA